CUCUCAUUCUUCUCGCAGUAAUUGACAUUGCAUAUGUGUCUGUGUCUGUGGUCCGAACGAAUGGAGGUGAAAUGGUGAAAUGAACCUUUGGAAGAAGCUCCGUGGAGAGAAAAAGUAAGAGAGAGAGAGAGAGAGAGAUUGAGUUGAAUCCCCCCGCAUUUUCUCCAAACCGCCGACCGACCGACCGACCGACCGAUAAGAAAGAAGUAUACAUACAACAACAACCACUUCACACAAUUCAUCCAAGAUUUCUCGCCCCCUCAUCACAUCCUCCUCCUCCUCAAUGAAUCAUGCCUACACUCUCCUCCAAACCCAGCGAGUCUCAGCCUCUCAAUUCCUCCACCACUCCAUUAUCCGAGCAGUCUUCGUUCCGCGACGAUGACACUGCAUCUUCCGCCUACCGCUACAAGGCCGAUCGACUGAAUCGCGCCAUUCAAGAUAUCGGCAUGGGACGGUAUCAAUGGCAGCUCUUUGGGGUCAUUGGAUUUGGCUGGGCCAGCGACAACCUCUGGCCCAUCGUCACCUCGCUGCUGCUGGUGCCGGUUUCCUACGAAUUCCACGUCUCGCAGCCCCCGUUACUGUCCCUGGCGCAGAACAUCGGACUCCUGGCCGGCUCGCUCUUCUGGGGCUUCACCUGUGAUGUGUUCGGCCGCCGCUGGGCCUUUAACAUGACCAUCGCGAUCACCGCGGUCUUCGGCCUGAUCGCCGCCGGGUCGCCCACCUUCGCCGCGAUCGGGGUGUUCACAGCCCUAUGGUCUUUCGGGGUGGGCGGCAAUCUACCGGUGGACUCGGCCAUCUUCCUCGAAUUCCUCCCGGGCUCGCAUCAGUAUCUCCUGACCGUGCUCUCCCUGAACUGGGCGCUCGCGCAGCUCCUGGCCAAUCUUGUGGCGUGGCCAUUGAUCGGCAACAUGACGUGCGCCUCGGCGACACACUGCACCAAAGCCGCCAACAUGGGCUGGCGCUACUUCCUGCUGACGAUGGGCGGCAUAGCCCUGGUGAUGUGCAUCGCGCGCUGCGUCUUUUUCACCCUGUACGAGUCGCCCAAGUACCUCAUGGGCAAGGGGCUGUACGAAGAAUCCGUGACGGUCAUUCACGAAGUCGCGCGCCGCAACGGCAAAACCACCGACCUCUCCAUCGACGACCUCACCGACGAGGACGGCGGAAGGGGGGAAGGAGAAGGUCCUCUCUCCGCUACUUUGCAGCAAGAAGCACAACAAGCACCCCGACACCCCCGUCGCCUCAAGGACCACCUCCGCGAACGUCUCGCAGUCCUCAGUCUCCCCGCCCUGAAGGCGCUCUUUGCCUCGGGCCCGCGAGCACGUACCACCAUCCUCAUGAUCCUCAUCUGGGCCCUAAUCGGCCUCGGCUUCCCGCUCUACAACGCCUUCCUCCCCUACCUCCAACAGACCCGCGGCAUCCAAUUCGGCGACGGGUCCACAUACAUCACCUACCGCAACUCGCUGAUCAUCAGCGCCGUCGGCGUGCCCGGCAGCUUAGUGGGCGGGGUGAUGGUCGAAAUCCCCCGACUGGGCCGCAAGGGCACCUUGGCCUUGGGCGCCACCCUCACGGGCGCCUUCCUGCUCGCCUCCACCACCGCCCGCUCCUCCGCCGCCCUGCUCGGCUGGAACUGCGCCUACAGCUUCACCAGCAGUCUUCUGUACGCCGUGCUCUACGCCUACACCCCGGAGAUCUUCGAGACCCAGUACCGUGGCACGGGCAAUGCCCUCGUCGGCGGCGCCAAUCGCAUCGGCGGCAUCCUCGCUCCCGUCAUCGCCAUCGUCGCCGGGAUUCAGACCAGUGUGCCCGUGUAUAUCAGUGGGGGCAUGUUCGUGCUGGCCGGGGUGCUGGUGCUGUGGGUUCCCGUUGAGACGCGGGGGAAGACAAGUUUAUGAUACGCACCCAUCGGA